CCAAGUUUUCCAUCCAGGUAGGUUUUAGUGCUGUUUUCACCGUAGCCUCCCGGCUUAUAGCGUUUUUAAGGCAAGUUACCGUGCCAUGCUCCAGCUCAGGCGCUCGUUUUACAGCCUGUGCCGAAAGGAGUUGCGCUUCACGCUGCAAUCCGGCUGGCUGGCGACCGGGCCGCAGAAGCAACAGAUCCGCCUCCGAACCAAGAAAGCCGCUUCAAAUUUGUCGGCCCUCUUCACCCCGGUUCCAGUGAAGCCCAACCAGGAUGAUGAGGGCAUCGGGAAAGAACUUGCAGGCACCAUACCAAAGGCAGAGCUUAUCAAAUUGCUCAACAAAUUCUACCAAAUGUCAGAACUCAAACAGUUAUCCGUGGAAAACGGGCUUGAUAGUUAUCUACAACACCAGGCAUACCUCAGUUUUAGACGUUUUUGCCUCGAUUCAGACUGCCUCCCUGCUGAUCUGCACAUUACGAUUUGCGAUAUCAUGAACAAUGUGUCGCACGUCUCGAACUUACUCCCUUACUAUCUGAGGCAUGCGAGGCAGAUGUUUCCACACCUCGAGUGCAUGGACGAUUUGAAAAGGAUAAGCGACCUCACAACGCCGCCCUCCUGGUACCCGAAUGCUAGAAGCAUGCAGAGACGUUUUAUCAUCCAUGCCGGUCCAACAAACAGUGGAAAGACAUACCACGCUCUCGAAAGGUUCCUAAACGCUAAAUCCGGUGUUUACUGUGGCCCUCUGAAAUUAUUAGCCACUGAAGUUUACAAAAAAUCAAAUGAGAGAGGCACUCCUUGUGAUCUUGUGACAGGUGAGGAGAGAAAGUUUGCACUUAAUGAAAACCACCCAGCAAGCCAUGUUUCUUGCACUGUUGAAAUGACGUCAGUUAAUACUCCUUAUGAAGUGGCUGUGAUAGAUGAAAUUCAGCUGUUAAAAGACCCUGGAAGAGGCUGGGCAUGGACAAGAGCCUUGCUAGGAGUUAUGGCUGAAGAAAUCCACCUCUGCGGAGAGGAGGCAUCUAUUGAUUUGAUAUCAGCACUUGCUCUUACCUGUAAUGAAAACGUCGAAAUUUGCAGAUAUAAAAGACUGACAGAUCUUACAAUCGAACAUGCAGCAUUGGUUUCAUUGGAUAAUGUUCAGCCAGGAGACUGUAUAGUUUGUUUUAAUAAAAAUGACAUUUACAAGGUAAGUCGAGAAUUAGAGACAAAAGGGAAAGAAAUCGCUGUUAUAUACGGAGGCCUCCCUCCUGGUACUAAAUUAGCCCAAGCCCAAAAAUUCAAUGAUCCAGAUAGUACUUGUAAAAUCCUUGUAGCCACAGACGCUAUUGGAAUGGGACUCAAUUUGAGUAUAAGGCGGGUUAUAUUUUAUUCCCUUGUUAAACCGAUCAUGAAUGAAAAGGGCGAGAAGGAACUCGACGUCAUCACAAUAUCUCAGGCGUUACAAAUUGCAGGCAGAGCUGGAAGAUAUGGCACUAAAUUUGAAAAGGGUUUUGUUACAACGUUCAAAUCUGAAGAUUUACCAGUUUUACAAAACUUGCUGUCCCAGUCACCCGAACUCAUUGAAAAAGCGGGCCUCCACCCAACAGCAGAGCAAAUAGAAAUGUAUGCGUACCACUUGCCUAAUUCGUCGCUUUCAAAUCUCAUGACCAUAUUUGAAGGAAUUUGCACAGUAGAUGACUCGCUUUAUUUCAUGUGCAACACCGAAGACUUCAAAUAUCUUGCAGAGAUGAUCCAGCAUGUACCUUUGCCGCUCAGGAGUCGGUAUUUAUUCUGCUGUGCACCGAUAAACAGAAAAAUGCCUUUUGUUUGUUCACUGUUCCUUAAGUUUGCAAGACUGUUUUGUAAAAAUGAAGCUGUGACAUUCAAUUGGCUUUGCAAAGCCGUAUACACACCUUUCAGCAUUCCAAAAUCAAUAGGAGAACUUGUUCAUUUGGAAGCGGUGUUUGACGUUUUAGACCUUUAUUUAUGGCUCAGUAUUAGAUUUCCUGAUUUAUUCCCGGCUGUACAUCAAGUGAGAGCUCUUCAAAGUGAGUUAGAUGAAAUUAUACAACAAGGAGUAACACAAAUUACAAGGCUGUUAGAAGCUUCUGAUGUUAUUGUCAAAGAUGAAUCAUCCGAAGAUGAGUAUUGCCAAGAUUCAAAUUACAAACAGCACCAACCAACGAACAAGCCAUUUUCUAGUAAAGGAAAACUUACAGAUAAGCUCAUGCACGAGGGAUUGAUUACACCGAACAUGCUUUAUCAACUGCAAAAAGAAUGGGCAAUGCAAUCAAGAUCUGAAAAUAGCAUAAGCUCUAAAAUGCGACGGAAGCGGAAACCAAGGCACUAAAAUCUUAGAGUAUUUAAAAAACAAAAACAAGAUGUAUAUAAAUAAAUUUGUAUUUAGCUUCUUGUAUUUUUA